UUUAUUUACAUCUUAUUUCAUGACAUAUUCUAUUAUAGGUUAUAUUUUUAAAAGUUCUUGUAGGUGUUUGAUUUGAAAAUUAAUAUAGUUUAUUCAAACCAAAAAUGCCUACUUGGAACCAAAUUCAAUCUCAAUUGAGAAACCCAAAUAACCCUGUUGUGUUUUUUGAUGUUACUGUCGGAACUACGGAAAUAGGGCGAAUGAUUUUUGAGCUAUUUGCUGAUGUAGUGCCAAAAACCAGUGAAAAUUUUAGGGAAUUUUGCACCGGUGAAUACCGUCGAGAUGGUGUUCCUCUAGGAUAUAAAGGAGCUACAUUUCACCGAGUAAUUAAGGAUUUCAUGAUACAAGGUGGAGAUUUUGUUAAUGGUGAUGGAACAGGAGUAAUGAGUAUUUAUGGAGGAAGUACUUUUGCAGAUGAAAACUUUGUGCUUAAACAUGAUUCACCAGGACUCUUGUCUAUGGCUAACAGUGGCAAAGAUACAAAUGGAUGCCAAUUCUUCAUCACAUGUGCAAAGUGUAACUUCUUAGAUAAUAAGCAUGUUGUUUUUGGAAGAGUAAUAGAUGGUUUACUAGUUAUGAGGAAAAUUGAAAAUGUACCUACUGGGCCAAACAACAAACCAAAAAUACCAGUAACAAUAUCUCAGUGCGGACAAAUGUGAAAAUAAUGUGUUAAUACAAUUAAAUAUAUCAUUAAGAAUAAUAUAACAAGCCAAGUAAUAAGAUUUUUACUUUCAUAAAAUA